AUGAAAAGAGACUCGGCCACUGCGGGUAACGCGUACAUACCACGCGUCAUAAGGGCCGUGAGAAUCGUUCCCACGGAAAUGAGGCCCCCGAUUUUUUUGUCGGAUCAGAAGAAACUAGAAAUUGAGAAAUGUGGUGGGCCUCUUGCUCAUGCGCAUGGGCUCCUUGGUUCACCUAUAUUGGUAAAUAAGGAGAGAAGGAGUCGCAUUGAAAAGGACAUUGAUCACAGCAAGGAAGAUGGAGAUGUCCACAUGGUGAAGGGUAGGUUAUGUCCAUUGAGGCAUUCUUUGAGUGCAUCCAGUUAUCUCCCUAUGCCAAUGCCAAUACCCAUCUCCACGUUUAUGUCCAUUGUCAACUCCACAUUAUUUACGAUGGACCAGUCCUCCAACACCCCCAUUCUCACACUCAACUUGAUCCAUAAAGGAAAUCAUUCAACAACUGUUAUUACUGCACUGGUUGGGGAGUGGAGCAUUGAGGGUGGAGACGUGUCGGAAUCAGAGAUGGGUUAUAGCUGUUCCUCGUUGGCAGCGACAUUGAUGAAGGGACGUAACGUAGGGGAGUGGGACCCACGAGCAUGGUGA